UGAGGGGUAAAGAGAGGGUGCCCGAGCCGUGUCGCCAUCGCGCCGCUUCAUCCUUACUUUACUUACCCAGUGAAUUAAUAUUGAUCCACGCGGUUCCAUAUUUCAUCAAAUUAAAAGCCAUAAAUUUGAAUUAAUUUUGCAAGAAAAUUUGCAGAAUGCGUCCGUUAAUUUUGUAUUUGUUAUUAUUUAUAUUAGUUAAUCGUGUUUAUGGGAAUCGACAUUUUCGGUUGGGUCGCAGGGAAAACGGAAAUCUUGGAGCACCUGGCGCUUUCGAAGAUAAUGAAACUCCAGCGCCCAAAUGGUUUAGUCAAAAAUUGGAUCAUUCAAAUCCUUCGGAUCUACGUACAUGGAAUCAAAGAUACUAUAUGAACGAUAGCUUUUACGACUACGAAGAUCCGGGACCGAUAUUUUUAAUGAUUGGCGGAGAAGGGCCUGCUGAUCCUCGCUGGAUGGUAAAAGGGACAUGGAUUGAAUAUGCCAAACUUUUCAAAGCCCUGUGCUUUAAUUUAGAGCAUCGUUAUUACGGAGAAAGUCGUCCUACAACAGACUUAAGCGUAAAGAACUUGCAAUUUUUGUCGUCGCAGCAAGCUUUGGCAGAUUUAGCGAACUUCAUAAAUGCGAUGAACCAAAAAUUAAAAUUAAGAAAAAAUGUGAAAUGGAUGGUGUUCGGGGGGUCCUACCCUGGGUCUUUAGCUGCUUGGUUACGAAUGAAGUACCCUCACCUUGUCUAUGGAGCUGUCUCGUCAAGUGCACCCCUGCUUGCUAAAGUUGAUUUCAUGGAAUACUUCCAAGUCGUAGUAAAAGCUUUGCGUGAGAAGACUGGCGGCGACGAUUGCGUCAACCACUUAAAGGAAGGAAUGCAACAAGUUGAUAUGAUGCUAAAAGCCAACCCCGAAGUCAUCGAGAAGGAGUUUAAAGUAUGUUCCCCGUUCCAAGGAGUGUCCGCAAAUGAUUUGAAAAAUUUUUUCAACUCAAUCGCGGAUGACUUCGCUGACCUGGUGCAGUACAAUGAAGACAAUCGUUUCAGCGUCGAUGAAAAAUACAAGAACGUCACUAUUAACACCGUAUGUAAAAUAUUGACGGACUCGGAAGGAAACAAGGCAGCAUACAAAAAACUGGCUGAGUUUAACGCCAUCACGCUAGAAAAGUCCCAUGAGACAUGUAUGGACUACAAUUACGGGAAAAUGAUUAACGAGUUAAGGGCUGUUGAAUGGAAAGAAAACACUGGCGGAGCUCGUCAGUGGAUGUACCAAACAUGCACCGAAUUCGGAUUUUACCAAACCUCAUCGGGCGCUGCUGACAUUUUCGGCAACCAUUUUGAUUUAGACUUCUUUGUACAACAAUGCAUGGAUAUCUUCGGGCAAAAAUAUAAUUUGGACUUCAUACGCAACGCUGUAGCAUGGACAAACACUAAAUACGGAGCUUUGGAUAUCGAAGUCACCCGCGUAGUUUACGUGCAAGGCAGUGUCGACCCGUGGCAUGCUUUGGGAAUUCUUAAGACACAGGACAAUGGUGCCCCUGCUAUUUACAUCAAUGGAACCGCUCACUGCGCUAACAUGUAUUCGCCAUCCGAUAACGACUCUACCGAACUCACCGAGGCCCGCGUCGAAAUCCAGCAGUUCCUGGAUAGCUGGCUGAGAGAACCAUGACUGAUCACGGGAUAUGCCAAGCACCUGCUGUUCUAUGUCAGCAUUACCUUGUUCAUAUUGAAGUACCGCAAAAGCUACAUCCAAGAACAGGAAUUCAACACUCGUGUCAAGGAAGCUUACGCUGAAGCACGUCGCCUAUAUCGUACUAAUCCGAAUGAAAUGUUCGAAGCUACUAUGACACCACCUGACGACGACGGUGAUGAUGACGACGGCACCGAUAACGACACCCCGUAAAACUAAAGUAGCGCAAGGGGGAUUCCUAUAACUUUACAGCUAAAUAUCAUGUCUUGGUCGUAUUAUUUUAUAACCAGCUUCGCUUUUUGAUCGUUUGAAAGCCUUUUGUAAACUUUUUUACGACAUUACUAUUGUUUUUUACAUUAUUUGUUUACGUCCCAACCUUGGUCAUUUGCAAAUUACAGCUAAGUGCUG